GUAUGCAACUAUACCGUAGUAUUUACAGUACGCAUGUGUAAUCGUCGUUUCUCCCAUACAUAAAGAAAGGAUUUCCUUCCCCCCUCCCCACCAUCCACGUUUAAUGAUUGUCCUUUCUGAAGCAAUUCGCUCAGACAGCGUCCAUAUCUGAAGACGCUUUAUCACGUUUUAGUAAAAUGGAAUCUUAUCGAAUUAUCUACUCCAUUUCACACGCUGACUAAUCAUUUCAAUCUAUACGCACUUGCUACAUCUGAUCUUGAAUAGUAUUGGCAUACCUGAAUUUUAUUUAUUGUUCGUAAGAUAAUAAAUUUUCGUAUGACUUUGAAAAGUAACAUCUUCAACUAGUAAUAUAUCUAUGCAAUGGAAUUCAUGGCCAAAGCAUCUUUUUUUUGUGAUUAAGAGGGCAAUUAAUUUUCAACGAUAUUUGGCCAAAUAUAUGACUAUUUCAAGAAACUUAAAUAAACAUCUGUAUUGGAAAAAUACAUGUAAACUAACAAGAUAUAAAAUGGUGUAGAAAAUUCAUGUGAUCUCAAAACAUGGCAGGCAAAUCAGACUCAAUUUGUCAAAAAAAGUCCACUCGUUUUCUACAAAUUCCUUUAAAAUCAACUGAACAAAUUUAUUUGGUCUUCUUAAUCCCAACAUUGAUUGCUUGUGUUACAUACAUAGUUCAUUUCUCCGCUGACCUAGUAGUUGCUGUACAACAUUUCAAAGAAAAUAAUCCUGUAUGGGGAUGUUGUACUAUUAGUUUUAUGUAUGCACCGGCAAUUACAUACUUUAUGCUAACUGUUUCGAGGCCAGAUUGGUGGAUGACAGAUGAUGAUAAACUGACCAAGGGUGUACUUGUUUGGUUUUGCCUUCAAUUUUGUCAAUUGGUUGGCUUUGUUUUUUUUUCACUCUAUAGGUAUGCAGGUCUCAUAGUGCUAUCUGUGGAUGCUAUUAUUUUAUCUGGGAAUGAGAGAACAAAGACUUUAAACAUAGCAGCUGAUCCUGCAGCUAUAGAAUUGUACUUUUUCUUACAAGCUUGGUUUCAAGCAGCUCCUCAAGCAAUUUUCCAAACGCACUUACUCUUUCAUGAAUCAUCACUUCAUCAAAGUCAUCAAUCUGUGGUUAUAAAAGUGCUUUCUAUUGUUAUGUCCAUUGUGAUACUGGCUAUUCAAACUACUUCUUUUCAAAGAUUUGAAAGCCAACGUAUUAAUGGUAGAAAAUUACCAUGGGCAAUGUGGUUAAAAAAAUAUUGUGCUCAGGAACUUUGUGAUCUUGAAGAAAGAGCUCCAUUAAAGUUAUCAGAUAUAAAGGAGGAAGAUACUGUGCAAACAAUAGAUGCUGUAGAAGAACCUGAAGAGCACAAAGAAUCUAUGAAAAUAGAAAAUGAGAAUAAGGAACAAUUUGAUAAGCAUAUCUCUUUAGAUCGUCAAGUGUCUGUAACACCUCCAUUACCACCAAAAAAUGUGCACAUUGUACCACCUCCAACUCCUUUACGUGGAAUAACCAUAGUUGCACCAUUACUUGUCCCAGACGUGCCAGCUCCACCAAGACCAGAUUCUAUUUGCACAAAUCCUGAAUCUGAGAAAGUAGUUACCAGACUAGUGUCUAUUGCAGAAUCAAAUAAAAACCUAGACAGUGCGCAAACUUUAAAAGUUCCACAACGCCGAUAUACAAAGAAAGGUUUAGAAGAAGAUGAUCCUGUUGGCAAAUUUCUAUGCUUUCUGUGGUGGUUCUUUUUCAUUUUAGCACGUAUACUUGCUAUUGCUGUAUUCUAUGAAUUUUAUCCACUUUAUUUAUGUAUUGUGCUUGGCAUACAUUAUGGUAUCAUGUUGACAUACCUUUUUUACUAUGCAAAAUAUUAUGAUAUCAUUACUUUUUUUGUUAAUUUAUGGUUGGGAUUAGUCUAUAUAGUUAGUUUGAUCGAGUAUAGAAUCAAAUUUAAGUAUGCAGACAAGUGGAUGUUACCAUACUAUCUUUUUGUAAUACUACAAAAUACAUUUCUAACAUUAGCAUGGUAUAUGUAUGCAGAUUGGGAUGGAUUUUGGUAUAGUUAUGUAUUUUAUGUAAUUUUUGGAAGUAUGACACUUUGUAUUCUAUCAACUACAAUUUAUUGUGCUUUACUUAAGCCAAAGAAGCGUAGGGUAUAUACCAGUUGACAAACAAUUAAGACUAUUUCAUGGUAAACGAUUCAUUGAAAUGUGAUUUUAUAAAUGCUUUAAUCUAUUUCCAAAUAUUGCAUUAACAUUAUCUUUUUUCGUAUUUAUGCGA